GAGGAGGGGGCUGCCUCUCUUGGCAUCUCCCCAACCCCUAUCUCUUUUCACGACUGCCAACCCGUCUAUAGUUAUUCCAGGAAUGUGUUGAACAUGGCUGCCGCUAUGAAGGCUCAGAAAACGGGACUGUUGGAACUUCGAGUUACGGUGGACCGUUGGAUCCGAGUGUUAGCCACACUUACCGAGGAGACUUUAACCGUGAGCCCCGGAGAGGUUACCGAAGAACUAGUGAAAUCCAACUCAACUCCCGCAGGUUCCAUUAACGGAGACCCAGCCAACCUUAGCUCCUCUUCUGUCCCAGAAACGAUCACCAACGUUAAACGCACCGUGCGAGUUACCAAGCAAGAUGUGGGAGGACUUGGAAUUAGUAUUAAAGGUGGGAAGGAGAAUAAAAUGCCCAUUCUCAUCUCAAAGAUCUUUAAAGGGCUGGCAGCUGACCAAACGGAGGCGCUGUAUGUGGGGGACGCCAUCCUGUCGGUCAACGGCUCAGAUCUGCGGGAGGCCACUCAUGACGAGGCCGUGCAGGCACUGAAAAAGACUGGCAAGGAGGUCAUCCUAGAAGUGAAAUACAUCAAGGAGAUGUCAGCCUUUUUUAAGAACACCUCCCCUGGUGCGCCCCUCCCCUGGGACUCCCCCCCUGCAACGCCACAGAAGGCCACAGACACGCCCUUGAAGGAGGCCAGGACCGUCCCUCUGAAAAUGUGCCAGGUGACCAGGAAACAGUGCCCCCCAGACACUGAAAACAGGUACUUUGAGGUGAUCUCGUCCAGCAGGAAGAGCUCCGUGUUCCUGAGGGCCAAGGACCCAGCCAUGGCCCAGUCCUGGUACAACGCCAUCCAGGCCGGGGCGGCUGCCCUGGGGCCUCGCGUCAGGGAGGAGCUGAGGGCCAUGCAGGCGGGCCUGGAGGUCAAACACAUGGGGUGGAUCACUGAACAGGCAGCUCGUGGUCCGGAGAGACCGGUUCUGGCCAUGUUGACUGAGAGAGACCUGUUCUUGUACGCUUCUCUGCCGGAGAGUAAAGACAGCCUCAACAGCCCAGCCAAGAGCUACCCACUCAUCACAACCAGACUGGUGCACUCUGGGCCGGGGAAGAGCUCUCCACUGCUGGACUCUGAGCUGUCCUUCGGGCUGCGCACGGGUUCCAAACUGGGCGUGGAAACCCAUGUGUUCCGGGUGGACUCGGCCAAGGAGCUUUCAGCCUGGACCCACAUGCUUGUGGAUGGCUGUCACAACGCCGCCGAGCUCAUCCAGGAGGUCACCACGGCAUGUAGCUGGAACGGGAAGGAGUGCAACCUGGGAGUUCACAUCGACGAGGGCUUCAGCCUGUUCACAGAGGAGCCGGGCAUACGGAAGACGGUGCUCCUCCAGCAGCCGUUUGAGCGCCUGCGCAUGUCCUCCGACGAUGGCGUGCGCAUGAUCUUCUUGGACUUUGGCGGGCCUGAGGCAGAGAUUCAGUUGGACCUCCACUCCUGCCCUAAGACCAUGGUGUUCAUAAUCCACUCCUUCCUGUCCGCUAAAGUGAAGCGGCUAGGUCUGUUAGCAUGAUUACAACUGGACCUGCAGCCCCUCCGCCCACCCUGAGGAAACACCAAACCGCCCAGGCGGAUCUACACAGCCGUGACUCGUCACAUUAAGAAGGCGGGAAGUCACUGUGGAGGAUAUGAAGUUAUGUCUAUGUUUUUAUCCGACACCAAACUCCCAAACACUGGUCAAAAUCCAAAUGGAAAGCUAGAGGAUUGAUGAUAUACUGUACCUGCAAUAAUGAUAUUCUCAAAGGUCAUAGGGUAUUCCCACACGUCGCAAUGAGGCCGUGGUUCAGAGGUCAUAAGGGUGAAUUAUCAGUUGUAAAGGUGAACAACAGACAUGUCAACUAACAGCCUAACAUAUACCUUUGCCAGCAAACACUGUUGCCAGGUCUGUGUUUGAUUGUGUCUUGGGUCAUAGCAAGGUAAUGUCAGUUGUCAUAAGUGAUUUGUUAUAUCCUAUUAAGAAAGGUUGUAACAGGCGCCGUUGAUUUUUAAAUUUUCAUGAGAAAUGUGCUACACGAUUUUCAGCUGUUACCUGUGUUGUUCAGUGAUUGAACUAUUCAGAAACAGACCAGUUUUUAUUGACAAUACUUUCUGUCUGCCAUAAGAGCUGUUUUCCAAGCGCUGAUUCAGAGACAUUUUUAGUGCAGCAAAGAGCCUUUUGGCCUUCCCUGUGUUUCUUUAGUCCAUAAAUCUUUCCAAUAGCGUAUAUCGACAUGAUCAUAUCAACAACAUCUCAUAAUGCCCAAGUUAAUUUAACACGUAAACCCAGAGAUGUAGCUAUAAACCACAAACUGAUUAUUGCUACUAUUCAGUGGUAAUUUCACUUAACAAUUCCCCCGCCCUCCAGCUAACUUCAGUUAAUAUUACUAUGCAUUUUUGUUUUUUAUGUAUUCAUUACAAAGUUGCAUGCUGUAUCAUUUCUAUCAAUGGAGUGCAAAUCAAGACCCUUUUUGAUUUUGGAAGUUGAUUCUAGGUAGUUGUUUGAAGAACGAUUGAUGAAAUGGUUUCUACAGCGGUGUAGCUAGCCUUCUAAAUAACUAGGUGUACGUAAAUAUAUACAUAUAUGUACAGUAUAUAUUUUGCUCUGGGCAUAACAUUAUUUAAUACAUUGACAGUGUUACACAUGGAAAGAGCAAUAGGUUAUAAUAGUAGUGUGUCCUACUGGUGCUGAGUUAAGUCCUUAAAGCUUGUUGAAUUCACGUAAUUUUCUUGACGACUAAAGCCAAAAUCACUGAUGCAUUUGAAAGACAUAAGCUUGUUUGGGAUUAAUGAAUCUUGAUGAUUUAAAACAGUAGUAGUACUUUUGUUAAGUGUGUGUAUUUUGAUGAAUCAUCGUGAACCAACUGAAAAUUAACAAAAAAUGUAGUCUAUAGUUUACAUGACAGUGUGUUAAAUUGACCCAUUUCUUUUGUGACAAUGGAAUAUCCACUACUCGAGGCCUUCUCUCUACAACGCUAAACAAACUUAUAUUAAUAUAUAUUUAAAAACAAUCUUGUUUGCUUUCCAGAAAAACAAAAUGUAUUGUAUAUUCUUAUUUAAACAAAAGGUGUGCCUUGCAGGGUUGUUUGUAUA